AUGGAACGAGGAGGUAACUUUGUUGCGCCCGGCCAGCAGCGCUACCUGCGCGCCUGCAUGGUGUGCUCAAUCGUCAUGACACAAACACGGUUCCGCCACGAAGGCUGUCCCAACUGCGAAGAAUACCUCCACCUCAAGGGCGACACGGACGCCAUCGACUCGUGCACGUCGCAGGUGUUCGAGGGCCUCAUCACCCUGGCCAACCCGGCCAAGAGCUGGGUCGCAAAGUGGCAGCGACUCGAUACCUAUGUCCAGGGCGUCUAUGCCACCAAGGUCUCGGGCCAGCUGCCCGAGGAGGUGCGCACCGCCAUUGAGGAGGAGUACCGAAUCACAUAUAUCCCGAGAGACGGCAGUGCGGUCGAGACUGAGUAG